AUGUAUCUACAACGUCUGUUGAUUGCAUUGGCGGUGGUGUUGUUCUCUGUCCUUGUGCUCGCCGCGGAGGACUACUAUAAGGUGCUUGGCAUAGACAAAUCCGCCUCAGAGAAGGACAUCAAGCGCGCGUACCGCAAUCUUAGCAAGAAAUACCACCCGGACAAGAACCCUGGCGACGAAACUGCGCGCGAGAAGUUCGUCGAGAUCGCCGAUGCCUACGAUGUCCUGUCUACAUCCUCUCUUCGCAAGGUCUACGACCAAUACGGCCAUGACGGCGUGGAGCAGCACCGCAAAGGCGGCAACGCUGGGGGCCGCUCUAAUGAUCCGUUUGACUUGUUCUCGCGGUUCUUCGGCGGAGGUGGCCACUUUGGCCAGGGGUCCGGUCAUAGACGCGGGCCGGAUAUGGAAGUGAAAGCGGCACUGCCGCUGCGAGACUUCUACACGGGCCGGGAGAUCAACUUCCUGGUGGAGAAGCAACAGAUUUGUGACGACUGUGAAGGCACUGGAUCUAAGGAUCGUGAGGUGAUUACAUGCGAUAAAUGCAGCGGGCGUGGGAUGGUUAUCCAAAAGCAUAUGCUGGCCCCGGGCAUGUUCCAGCAGGUCCAGAUGCAGUGUGAUCGGUGUGGUGGUCAGGGCAAGAAGAUCAAGAAUCCGUGCCCCGUGUGCCAGGGUAACCGGGUUGUCAGGAAGCAGGUCGAGACAUCGGCCAGCAUCGAGCCUGGCAUGGACAAGGGGACGAGGUUAGUGUUCGAGAACGAGGCUGACGAGAGCCCCGAUUGGGUUGCCGGUGACUUGAUUGUCAUACUGGACGAGAAGGAGCCUGAGCUUGGGCAGGAGGACUACGAGCGCACUGAUGGCACUUUCUUCCGCCGUAAGGGCAAGGAUCUUUUCUGGAAAGAGACUCUCUCGCUGCGUGAGGCCUGGAUGGGUGAGUGGUCGCGCAACUUGACGCAUUUGGAUGGCCAUAUUGUUCGGCUGGGGCGCAAGCGUGGUGAGGUUAUCCAGCCGCUGGGCGUGGAAACUGUCAAGGGUGAGGGCAUGCCCUUCUACUCAGAGGGACAUCUGCACGAUCAUCACGAAGAGGGCGAAGACGAACCGGGCAAUCUGUACGUCGAAUACACCGUCGUGUUGCCCGAUGAGAUGGAGAGUGGCAUGGAGAAGGAGUUCUUCGCGCUUUGGGAAAAGUGGCGCAAGAAGAUCGGUGUCAAUCUGGGUACCGACAGUGGCCGCCCAGUGCCUCCGCCGGCGGAGGAGGAUGAGAAGGAUGAGCUAUGA